CAUAGUGAGACUCUGUCUCAAAAAAAAGCAAAAAAGUCAUAGCUCUAUCCAAGGAAAUUUUGGCUCAGGAACACGGAGUUGAUAGGCUAAUUAUAUUUUUUUGCUAAUAUGGAGAUUAAGAUUGGGAGGUCUGGCCCAUCCCAGCUGCCUCAUGACAUUUUGUCAGAGGCAGGCAGACCCACCAGCCCCACCUGUGUCCAGCCAGGCUCUGCGUUUCUGCCCCUGUACUUUCUUGGUUUCACAGGGGGUGAUGCCUGCUCCCUAGGUGUGGCACAGGUGAAGGCACAUGUCCUGGGGUAAAAGUAUAUGGAGUUUAGUGGGAGAAAAGGAGGUGUGGUCACAGUUGUCUCCAGGAAGACCCCAUCCUGGGACAUCUCCAAUGUACAUACAAUUCCUCUGCCCCUUCUUGGAGCACCUGCCACCAAGACAAGGCCUGUCUUAAAGAUGGAGGUCAUGUCCUGCCUGGUCCCUUCUGGUGAAACCUGUCUGGGGCUGCUCAAGGGAGGGGCUGCUGUCUGGUUCCAGGACUGAUGGGGCCUGGGUGGCCCUAACACGCACUGAGUUUCAGAUACAUGUCCCAGGGCAAACAUGUUGAAGCCCGAGAGCUCAUGUACUCAGGAGCGCUGCUGUUCUUCAGCCAUGGCCAACAAAAUAGUGCUGCGGACUUGUCCAUGCUGGUCCUGGAGUCCCUGGAGAAGGCGGAGGUGGACGUGGCAGAUGAUCUGCUGGAAAAUCUGGCUAAAGUGUUUAGUUUGAUGGAUCCCAAUUCUCCAGAGCGAGUGGCCUUUGUGUCUAGAGCCCUGAAGUGGUCCAGUGGAGGCUCUGGGAAGCUGGGCCACCCCCGGCUCCACCAGCUGCUGGCCCUCACCCUAUGGAAAGAACAAAACUAUUGUGAAUCUCGGUAUCACUUCCUACACUCUACUGACGGAGAAGGCUGUGCCAACAUGUUGGUGGAGUACUCCACCUCCAGGGGCUUCCGUAGCGAGGUGGACAUGUUUGUCGCCCAGGCUGUCCUACAGUUUCUCUGUUUAAAAAACAAAAACAGUGCAUCGGUGGUCUUCACAACAUACACACAGAAGCACCCAUCCAUCGAGGAUGGGCCUCCCUUCGUAGAGCCCCUGCUUAAUUUCAUUUGGUUUCUGCUGUUGGCUGUGGAUGGUGGCAAGCUGACGGUGUUCACGGUGCUGUGUGAGCAGUAUCAGCCAUCUCUCAGGAGGGACCCCAUGUACAAUGAGUACCUGGACAGGAUAGGACAGCUCUUCUUCGGGGUGCCACCCAAGCAGACGUCUUCCUAUGGGGGCCUGCUAGGGAACCUCCUCAGCAGCCUCAUGGGCUCCUCAGAACAGGAGGAAGGAGAGGACAGCCCUGAUGACAGCAGCCCCAUCGAGCUAGACUGAUGCUGCCCUGGCCUGCACAGAGACACCACAGUCCACAGCUCGAGAUGGUUGCAGAUGGAGUCCCAGAACGUGACUCCUCACACCCACAGGCUCCUGGCUCUGAGGCUGGCAGUAGCUGCGUGUGCGGUGUCUGUCUCUAUUUAUGUGUGGUGGCUGAGGGCGGCAUGGCCUGCCUGUCGCUGUGGCUGGGACCCGAGAGAGGCCCUGGGCUUCUGCCGUGUUCCCUGGAGAUUGACCCACAAUAAAGCACAGGCCUUGCUGCCGCGUCACCCUCUCCCAGUCCUUUGUUUCUGGUUCCUUUGGGGAGGGCCAAGGGGUGACACAGGAGGCCUGUCCUCAGGGACUGGGCAAUUGCAGUUGGCGUUUCUAGCACCUGGUAUCCAGAGCAGCCCAUGGGAGGCUGGAGACGGCAGUGGCCACUCAGGCACAUGAACCCAGCUGGGCCUUCUGUGAUCUUCAAACUUGAGCCGUUUUCUUUUUUAUCUUGUUUCUGUUUGAACACGGGGUGGCUCUGUAAUCCUGGUGUGCUUGUCCCUGUUGCAGAUAAGCUCAUUCGUGCUGUGCGUCAUCUUGGGAGGUGGGCAAGUGGUUGGCCAAGCCAGUGCCCAUGUGGUACUUGAGGCUGUGGCCCAGCCCACUGGGGUCUGGUGUGGAUCCUGAAGCCACAUUCUGCUGGUCUCUGUGAGCACCAAGUUGCUGCUCUAGAAAUGCUGUUUUAUAAAAAGGGAUGCCACAGGACUUUCAUGAUGCAAUAUUCAUUUGUAUUGGGUGAUUGAUCCUUUGACCUAACAUUAGGUUUUAACCAAAUAAGCAGUCCAGGAAUUAGCAAAUCUGUCCUUUAUCAUUGAUGCUAUUCCAGAUGUUAUCAGUAUAAUUAUAAGAUGGGAAACAUUUUAUUUUUUCACGAUAUAAAGUGAAAGUUGUAGAUUAAUAUGCAGUGAUCAUGUGUGGGCUGGAGGGAGAUGUGCGACUUUACUCACUGUAAAAAUGAAAUUUAAAGGAAGGUUUGUGUCAACUGUGGAUCAUAAAUAAAUCCUUUAUACUGG